ACAAGAUGGCGGAGCAAAAGGAAUUCAACAUACCUAGUGAGCAAGAAGGAUCACAGCAGCAGCUUCUUAAAAGUGGAAGAGAUACAAAAAGAAAGGCAACCAACAUGUCUUUGGAGGAGAUGGUGGAGAUGGUUAGAAUCCUGCUCAGAAAGGAUUAUGACUGCAAGCUGCAAGUUUACAACAACACCAAUCAAAGGAAGGAUGCAAUAAUGGGCAAAAUCCUUAAAGUGCUUUGGAAAAAAUUUGGGGUAAAACGCACAAAGGACCAACUAAGAAAACGAUGGUCUGAUCUGAAGUUAAGGGAAGCUGAUCAGUUCAAGAGAAUAAGAAAAAUUCUCAAAAAAAGAGAACGCAAGAAUAUUGAUGAAGAUAAAUCUGAUAAACAUGAAUCUGUCUGUGAGGAUUUGGCAAAAAAUGUUAUGUAUGACCCUGUGGAGGUUUCUGAGGAAGUAAUACUGAACCUCAUGCCUGUUGAGGAGGAUGUAGUCAAUAACACAAGUUGUGGAAAUCCAGAGUCACCAGCACUAAACAGUUAUACCACACAAAAACUUACGGCAGAAUUGAUGGCUUGUAACGUCCAGAUUGAGGACAUGAGGGAAACUUUGAACACCAUGCAUUGCAGGAUCAAUACAGUUUUGGAUACACUCUGCAAACUGAUAUGA